AGAUGCUCGACCUUUAAACUCUCUCUCUCUCUCUCUAUAGGGUUUGAAACUUAAGUCCGCCCCUUUUAUUUUUGAAAAUAGCUCUUUAGACCGUUUCAGUUUCUCUCUCUCUUACUGUGUCUUUUUACUUAGUGCAUCGGCAGAUCUCUCUAUCUCUCCCUCUAUCGCUCCCUAAUCACAUUAGGAUCUGCAAAUGCGCACCGUUUUAAUUCGAUCACCGACUCGCUCUUUCUCUGCAUAUCUCUUUCUGAAGCUUACUUUGGUUGCGAUUUUGUGUGGCCAGGCGGAAAUUAAAACUGCUAAUUAGGGAGGUUUUAUCAUGAAUUGGAGAGAAUUCUUUGGAGAGAAUUGCUGUAGAGUUGGAAUUGGGGUAUGCUGCUUUAUUUUUUGUCUUUCAAACAACAAUGGAAAGUGACAAGUCAAUUACUGCUCCCUCAGAUGGGCAUGGUGAGGGCGUGGGCAUUCAGAGAAUCCGGCCUUUGCAUGGAAGGACCAGUGGCCCAGCAAGGCGUUCCACAAAGGGACAGUGGACAGCUGAAGAGGAUGAGAUUUUGAGGAAGGCUGUUCAGCGUUUCAAAGGCAAGAACUGGAAAAAAAUUGCUGAGUGUUUCAAGGACCGGACAGAUGUACAAUGCCUACAUAGAUGGCAGAAAGUCUUAAAUCCAGAGCUGGUUAAAGGCCCAUGGUCUAAGGAGGAGGAUGAAACAAUAAUAGAAUUGGUGAACAAAUAUGGACCUAAAAAGUGGUCUACAAUUGCACAGCAUUUACCUGGACGUAUUGGGAAGCAGUGCAGGGAAAGGUGGCAUAAUCAUCUUAAUCCUUCAAUAAACAAAGAGGCAUGGACGCAGCAAGAAGAAUUGGCCUUGAUUCGUGCUCAUCAGAUUUACGGGAACAGGUGGGCGGAGUUGACAAAGUUCUUGCCUGGAAGGACAGACAAUUCUAUAAAAAACCACUGGAACAGUUCUGUGAAAAAGAAAUUGGAUUCGUACUUAGCAUCAGGACUAUUAGAACAGUUUCAAGGCCUUCCUCUUGUUCCACAUCAACCCAUGCCUUCAUCUUCUUCAAGGGUGCAAAGCAGUGGAGAUGAUAGUGGUUUUAAAUGUGGAAUAGAUGCAGAAGAAAUAUCAGAAUGCAGUCAAGAAUCAAUUGUGGCUGGCUGCUCUCAGUCUAUGAGUGGCUUAGGGAAUGCAGUUUUACCAUCAAGAGAAGAAUUUCAUCUCACUGAAGAAUCUGGCCUCAAAAAGGAGCGAAGCUCUAGUCCAGCAUCCUGUUCAGAACAAUACUUCACAUCGGUGGGAGAUGUCACUUUUUCCGUACCAGAAAUACCCUGUGAAAUGGCUUGCUCUUCCAACUUUCUGCACCAAAACUUCUCAAGUAACACCAUAACUCCUGCAAGCAAUGAUUACCAAUAUAACAUACAGGAGUUGCCUAGCGUAUCCUCACUGGAACUAGGGCACGAUUCUUCUGGGUUACCAACUCAUUGUAUGACUCCUAAUGAAAGCCAUGACAUGGUGAAUGUUCCAUUUCAAAGUUCCAUGGGCUUUAGUGUUCCUGCUGCCAUGGGAAAUAUCACCGAGAAUUCUGCUAAACCAGACCACAUGUUUAUAACUGAUGAUGAAUGUUGCCAGUUCUUAUUCUCAGAGGCAAUGAAUGGAGCGAUUUUCUCUGGAAAUUUUAUGAAGGGAUCAAACUCAAUUGCAAAUAUAGAUUCCUCAAGUUAUCAGUCAAUAAACAACCAGAUACCUGAAACUGAAAAAGUUUCACAACCAGUUAAUUCUUCAAAAUCUGCUCUAUUGGUGACUUCAUGCAGUCGAUCAUUGCCCGCUGGUCAUUCUCUACUAUCAGCUGAUGAUACUUCUAUAAGAUGUGAUAGAGCUCCAAAUCAGUUAACUGGGCACACAUUUGCAGCUCAUGAACAAGAGUACAUUACAAGUGCAAAUGACGGUUUUAUAUAUACCAAUGGCACUGUUAGCUCCCCCUAUGAUGAUGGUACAGAGAACACAAACAUGCAAGAGCAACAUUAUCUGAAGGAACCUUCAAAACUAGUGCCUGUGAAUACUUUCACUGCCAGUAAUGAUACUGGGAAGUCGUGUCCUGUGGAUGAAAUAAAUGCACAAACGGAACAGCAGGAUGCAGGAGCUCUGUGUUAUGAGCCUCCUCGUUUCCCAAGCUUGGAUAUUCCUUUUCUGAGCUGUGAACUUAUACAGUCUAGUAAUGAUAUACAGCAAGAGUAUAGUCCUCUCGGUAUCCGCCAACUUAUGAUGUCGUCCAUGAACUGCAUCACACCAUUUAGGUUAUGGGACUCACCAUCUCGGGAUGAUAGUCCUAAUGCUGUGCUGAAAACAGCCGCUAAGACUUUCACUACACCAUCCAUUCUAAAGAAACGAAAUCGUGAUCUGUUAUCACCUUUGUCUGAUAGAAGGCUUGACAAAAAGCUUGAGAUUGAUAUGACAUCUAGUUUGACAAAGGAGUUCUCGAGGUUGGAUGUUAUGCUCGAUGAGAAUGAGACGCACAAAACAUCUGUGCUCUCUCCAUCAUCUUCUCAUAAAAAGAACGAAGAUAAAGAAAAUAUGGAUCCUGCUCUUGAAGUUGGACAAGAAAAAGGGAGAGAUUGUUCUACAUUCACAGAUCAUAAGAUGUCUGAGAAAGAUUGCGGUAGCAGUGAUACCCAGGACAGCACAAAGCAUGGGACUGUUGAUGAUGAUGCUAAGACCAAGGUUCAUACUGAUGCUAGUUCACAAAUUCCUUCUGGAGUGCAUGUUGAAGACAGCAUGAACGAUCUGCUAUUCUUUUCUCCUGAAGUUGGUUUGAAAUCAGAUAGAGCAUUUGGUCCCAGUUCUCGAACUCCAAAGAAUUUCUGCCGUAGAAUAUUGGGAACUUUAUCAGAGCAUGGCAUUGCUUCAGAAUCUUCAUCUGGAAACUCUUGUUUUGUUGUUAGCUCUCCUACCAUUAGCAAGAAGAAUCACGAAAGUCAUUUAGUUGCAUCUACAUCAGUACAAUCAUCUGUUCCUUCAGAAAAUGCAGUUGAUAAUGCUGGAAAUGAUGCUGGUACUGAAAAUCUUAGCAUAUUUGGUGAAACUCCUUUUAAAAGGAGUAUUGAAUCUCCUUCAGCGUGGAAGUCCCCUUGGUUCAUUAAUUCUUUUCUGCCUGGCCCAAGGGUUGACACAGACAUUUCAAUUGAGGAUAUUGGGUAUUUUAUGAGCCCUGGGGAUAGAAGCUACGAUGCUAUUGCAUUGAUGAAGCAGUUGAGUGAGCACACAGCCUCUGCUUUUGCCGACGCUUUGGAGGUUUUAGGAAAUGAAACACCUGAAACAAUAUUAGAAAAGAGACGCUCCAGCAUUCAGAAUAUGAACCAAGAGAAUAAUGGUGCCACCAAUAGUGAGCCUGAGAAUCAUUCCCAUUUGGCUUCAAAUAUUUCGACAGAAUGCCGUACCCUUGACUUCAGUGAAUGUGGGACACCUGGGAAGGGAACAGAAAGGGGGAAAUCUUCAACCGCCAUAAUCUUCUCAAGCCCCUCGUCCUAUCUGUUGAAGGGUUGCAGAUAGCAAUUUAUGCUGCCAUAAUUUGUACUUUAUAUUAUAUGUAUGUAUACUUUUUUGCCUUCUCUUUUCCUUUUUUUUCUUAUUUCUUCCUGUUAUUCAUUGUCUAGAAUCCAAUUUAAUUAAUUGAUGGAAGACUUUCGCGAGUGUAUCAA